AUGGCAGGUGUGAAAUACCCGGGACAGGACCCUGUGGAUUUAGACAUAUACCAAAGCUCCCACAUGGUCGACUAUCAGCCCUACAGGAAGCACAAAUACUCCAGGGUCACGCUGCAAGAGCAGGCAAAGCUCAAUGCUCAACUACGGGACAAAGAGUUUUACAGGCCCAUCCCUAAUCCCAACCCCAAGCUAACGGAUGGGUACCCUGCUUUCAAAAGACCCCACAUGACUGCCAAAGACCUGGGACUCCCCGGCUUCUUCCCAUCACAGGAACAUGAGGCCACAAGGGAGGACAAGUGCAAGUUCACCAGCACCUGCCAUUUCACAUAUCCAGAUUCCCACGAUCUGCACCUGGCCCAGGGUGACCCCAGCCAGGUCCUCCAGAGUGCUUACUUUCCAUGCCUCCUGGAUCCCAAACACCAGCCUGCUGCAGAGAUGGCCAAAGGCUACCUGCUACUGCCAGGGUGUCCCUGUCUUCAUCACCAUAUAGUCAAAGUCCCCAUCUUGAACCGGUGGGGACCCUUGAUGCCAUUUUACCAGUAG